UCGGGCAUUCGUAUUUUAACCGUUGUAAUGAGCAUUACAAGUGUUUUCUAAUAUAACGUAUCGUCAUUUUCGCCGCCACCCUGGUAACCCACCUUCUAUACUUCAGAAGUGGGAUAAUGUCUGGCCCAUAUAUCGACGGACUUGGUACGAAGAAAAGGAGACGCUGCGAGAACGCUGUACUCGACAGUGACGAAUCAUCAAGUUUUUUUUCUUCAUCCGAUGACGAAGAGAUCUUGGAGAAACAAAGGCGAUAUAAGAAGCGGCGUGUCACCCAAACCGAUGCGGAGGUUAUUCCAACGUUCCGACCGGAUGAAAAAUCUAGCAACGUCAAGGGAUGGUUGCAUAAGAUCGACCAAUUGGGCGACGUGUACGGCUGGGACAACAAAGAUCGACAGUUCAUCAUGCAGAUACGUCUUCGAGGGUCGGCUAGAGACUGUGCAGUACACCACAGCAACUAUACUACGGCCAGCCAUCCGCGACCAACUACCACGUGGCGAAGAGAGGGCGCCGUUGCUACAAUUGCAAGAGGGAGUGAUUUUCAACCGAAGAAAUGUUACGCCUGCCGAAGAGAAGGUCAUGAAGCAAAGGACUGCAAGGUGCCACGCUGCGAGGUGUGCCAUCGCCCGGGUCACACGUCUGCCAGCUGCUGGCAUGCGGCCAGCUCUUCACAUCAAAAAGUGCCGUACAGCAGCGACAAACCAGGCGCCAAUAGCAGCGCUGAUCUCCGUGGGACACGGCAUACACAGGAUGGCCGAAUGUUAUCAAUUAAUACUUCCGGUCCUACAUAUACGGCUAGUUCGGGUACAUCUUGAUGAUUAUUUAUAAGUAUAGAUUAAAACUUUU